UAGUGGGUCCCAGAAAGCAUUGCGCGCAUUUGUAACGAAUUUCCGUUCGAGUUUGUAUUUUAGGCGCCAUUUUCGAGUGAAGGACCCGGAGCCGAAACACCAGUAGACGCGGGGGGGUUAUACAACCGUUUCCAGCCUUGGUCUGAGUGGACUGUCCCGCAGGUAAAGUACCUCUUUUCCUGGUAGAGUUGUCACACUCUUACUUCCUGCCCCGUCCGCGGGCACCUGGGAAGUAAAGGCCUUGAGCUGGAGCGGCCGAAGUCUAGGCUGAGGCUGCCGCCAGGAGGUUUCUCUCGCUGUCACCCCUCCCCCCUCAGCCUUUCCUCAGCCUUCGGGGCUCCCGCGCGCUUCUUCUGGGCGCCACUUCUUUGAGCUACUUGGGCGUCGCUCAGGGGACGCGAGGGAUCGGGGGCUUAAGCUUCGUGAACUUCUUCUCAGAAAACUUGGUCCCGGUCGGACUGUAGGGUUUCCCCUUGCCCCGGCCCCCUGCCUCUCUCUCUCUCUUCUCCCAAGGGACUGAUUACCCGAUCUGAGCCCUUACUGGUGACCUUUCCUGGUUUAUUGCCUAGCGGGAGUCUGCCGCGGACACCGGAGGUACAAACCCCUGCUGCCCCAAGCGACCAUGCCCCGUAAGGGCACCCAGCCCUCCACUGCCCGGCGCAGAGAGGAAGGGCCGCCGCAGUCCCCGGACCGCACCAGCAGCGACGCGCAGCCGGAGUCGCCGCCCGGCUGCUCGGAGAGCCGGGCGCCUGCCACCGCAGAGACUCCAAGUGAGGAAAUUGAUAAUAGAAGUUUAGAAGAGAUUUUGAGUAGCAUCCCUCCGCCGCCGCCUCCAGCAAUGACCAAUGAAGCUGGAGCUCCUCGGCUUAUGAUAACUCAUAUUGUAAACCAGAACUUCAAAUCCUAUGCUGGGGAAAAAAUUCUAGGACCUUUUCAUAAGCGCUUUUCCUGUAUUAUUGGUCCAAAUGGCAGUGGCAAAUCCAAUGUUAUUGAUUCAAUGCUUUUUGUGUUUGGCUAUAGAGCACAAAAAAUCAGAUCUAAAAAACUCUCAGUACUAAUACACAAUUCUGAUGAACACAAGGAUAUUCAGAGUUGUACUGUAGAAGUUCAUUUUCAAAAGAUAAUUGAUAAGGAAGGGAAUGAUUAUGAAGUUGUUCCUAACAGUAACUUCUAUGUAUCCAGAACAGCCUAUAGAGAUAAUACUUCUGUUUAUCACAUAAGUGGGAAGAAGAAGACAUUUAAGGAUGUUGGAAAUCUUCUUCGAAGCCAUGGAAUUGACUUGGACCAUAAUAGAUUUUUAAUCUUGCAGGGUGAAGUUGAGCAGAUUGCUAUGAUGAAACCAAAAGGCCAGACUGAACAUGAUGAGGGUAUGCUUGAAUAUUUAGAAGAUAUAAUUGGUUCUGGACGACUAAAUGAACCUAUUAAAGUCUUGUGUCGGAGAGUUGAAAUAUUAAAUGAACACAGAGGAGAGAAGUUAAACAGAGUCAAGAUGGUAGAAAAGGAAAAGGAUGCCUUAGAAGGAGAAAAAAACAUAGCCAUUGAAUUUCUUACCUUGGAAAAUGAAAUAUUUAGAAAAAAGAAUCAUGUGUGUCAGUAUUAUAUUUAUGAUCUGCAGAAACGAAUUGCUGAAAUGGAAACUCAAAAGGAAAAAAUUCAUGAAGAUACCAAAGAAAUUAAUGAAAAGAGCAAUAUACUGUCAAAUGAAAUGAAAGCUAAGAAUAAAGCUGUAAAAGAUGUAGAGAAGAAACUGAAUAAAAUCACAAAAUUUAUUGAGGAGAACAAAGAAAAAUUUACAAAGCUAGACUUGGAAGAUGUUCAAGUUAGCGAAAAACUAAAACAUGCUACAAGUAAAGCCAAAAAACUGGAGAAACAACUUCAAAAAGAUAAAGAAAAGGUUGAAGAAUUUAAAAGUAUACCUGCAAAGAGUGAGAAUAUCAUAACUGAGACAACAACUAGGAAUAAUGCCCUUGAGAAGGAAAAAGAAAAAGAAGAGAAAAAAUUAAAGGAAGUUAUGGAUAGCCUUAAACAGGAAACACAAGGACUUCAGAAAGAAAAAGAAAGUCAAGAGAAAGAACUUAUGGGAUUCAGCAAAUCAGUAAAUGAAGCACGUUCAAAGAUGGAUGUAGCCCAAUCAGAACUUGAUAUCUAUCUUAGUCGUUAUAACACUGCAGUAUCUCAAUUAAGUAAAGCCAAGGAUGCUCUUAUGGCAGCUUCUGAGACUCUCAAAGAAAGGAAAGCUGCAAUUGGAGAUAUAGAGACAAAACUCCCUCAAACCGAACGUGAACUGAAAGAGAAAGAGAAAGAACUUCAGAAACUUACACAGGAAGAAAUUAAUUUCAAAAGUUUGGUUCGUGAUCUUUUCCAAAAAGUUGAAGAAGCAAAGAGUUCCUUAGCAAUGAAUCGAAGUAGGGGGAAAGUCCUUGAUGCAAUAAUUCAAGAAAAAAAAACUGGCAGGAUUCCAGGAAUAUAUGGAAGAUUGGGGGACUUAGGAGCAAUUGAUGAAAAAUAUGAUGUUGCCAUUUCAUCCUGUUGUCAUGCAUUAGACUACAUUGUUGUUGAUUCUAUUGAUACAGCCCAAGAAUGUGUAAACUUCCUAAAAAGACAAAAUAUUGGAGUUGCAACCUUUAUAGGUUUGGAUAAGAUGGCAGUGUGGGCAAAGAAAAUGACCCAAAUUCAAACUCCUGAAAAUACACCUCGUCUAUUUGAUUUAGUAAAAGUGAAAGAUGAGAAAAUUCGCCAAGCUUUUUACUUUGCUUUACGGGAUACCUUAGUAGCUGACAACUUAGAUCAAGCCACAAGAGUAGCAUAUCAAAAAGAUAGAAGAUGGAGAGUGGUAACAUUACAGGGGCAGAUCAUAGAACAGUCAGGUACAAUGACUGGUGGUGGAAGCAAAGUUAUGAAAGGAAGGAUGGGUUCAUCAGUUGUUGUUGAAAUCUCAGAAGAAGAGCGUUUAUCAGAGCAAGAAGAAUAUUUGCGUGUCCAAGUUAAGGAACUCGAAGCUAAUGUACUUGCUACAGCCCCAGACCAAAAAAAGCAGAAAUUGCUGGAAGAAAAUGUUAAUGCUUUCAAAGCAGAAUAUGACAGUGUGGCUGAGAAAGCUGGUAAAGUUGAAGCUGAGGUUAAAAGGUUACACAACAUCAUUGUAGAAAUCAAUAACCAUAAACUCAAGGCCCAACAAGACAAACUUGAUAAAAUAAAUAAGCAGUUAGAUGAAUGUGCUUCUGCUAUUACUAAAGCCCAAGUAGCAAUCAAGACUGCUGACAGAAAUCUCAAAAAAGCACAAGACUCUGUCUUUCGCACAGAGAAGGAAAUAAAAGAUACUGAGAAAGAAGUAGAUGACUUAAAGACAGAACUAAAAAGUCUUGAGGACAAAGCAACAGAAGUCAUAAAGAAUACAAAUGCUGCAGAGGAGUCCUUACCCGAGAUCCAGAAAGAACAUCGUAGCCUACUUCAAGAAUUAAAAGUAAUUCAAGAAAAUGAACAUGCUCUUCAAAAAGAUGCACUUAGUAUUAAGUUGAAACUUGAACAAAUAGAUGGUCACAUUGGUGAACAUAAUUCUAAAAUAAAAUAUUGGCAAAAAGAGAUUUCAAAAAUAUCAUUGCAUCCCAUAGAAGAUAAUCCUGUUGAAGAGAUUGCAGUUCUAACUCCAGAGGAUCUUGAAGCAAUCAAGAACCCAGAUUCUAUAACAAAUCAAAUUGCACUUUUGGAAGCCCAGUGUCAUGAAAUGAAACCAAACCUUGGUGCCAUUGUAGAGUAUAAAAAGAAGGAAGAGUUAUAUUUACAACGGGUAGCAGAAUUGGACAAAAUUACUUAUGAAAGAGAUAAUUUUAGACAGGCGUAUGAAGAUCUUCGGAAACAAAGGCUUAAUGAAUUCAUGGCAGGUUUUUAUAUAAUAACAAAUAAAUUAAAGGAAAAUUACCAAAUGCUUACUUUGGGAGGCGAUGCUGAACUGGAGCUUGUAGACAGCUUGGAUCCUUUUGCUGAAGGAAUCAUGUUCAGUGUUCGACCACCUAAAAAAAGUUGGAAGAAGAUCUUCAACCUUUCAGGAGGAGAAAAAACGCUUAGUUCAUUGGCUUUAGUAUUUGCUCUUCACCACUACAAACCCACUCCCCUGUACUUCAUGGAUGAGAUUGAUGCAGCCCUUGAUUUCAAAAAUGUGUCAAUUGUUGCAUUUUAUAUUUAUGAACAAACAAAAAAUGCCCAGUUCAUAAUAAUUUCCCUUCGAAAUAAUAUGUUUGAAAUUUCGGAUAGACUUAUUGGAAUUUACAAGACAUACAAUAUAACAAAAAGUGUUGCAGUAAACCCAAAAGAAAUUGCAUCUAAAGGACUUUGUUAAACUUUAUACUGAAGAUUCUUGAGAUCAAAUCAGCAUAUACUUACUUUCUAUUUGUAAAGGGUUAUAAAUUGUAUAAAAUAUAUACUCCUAAACUGGAUUAUAUAACUGGUUUCUGUUUUAUGCUGUUGAGACAUGUUACAAGUCUAAUAAAAUAUUCUUUAUACUUUUA